AUGCCUACUGCCCCGAACGUAAAUGAGACCAACGCCGCCUAUGACGGCUGGUACGUCAAUGUUGACCGCUUGUUUUUCGCGAACGGCCUGCGGGAUCCAUGGCGCGAAGCUACGGUGUCCGCCGACGGACUGGGCCGCUCCAGCACACCAUGGCAGCCUAUCGUCGAAGGCGACGGGUUCCACUGCUCAGACCUAUUGACGGGUAACGCGGAAGUGGACUCAACCAUUGCAACGGUGCAAGCAGACGGACUGGCAGCAAUGGCAGCCUGGUUAGAAGGAUAG